CAGUGAGAAGUUAAAAUUUUGAUAAAAUGUUGGGGAUUACUGAGAUUUUUAUAGCUCUAGUAGUGUGUCUCCUGAUUUUGCAGUUCCUCAAGAUGCAGUGGAUGCGUACCCAGCUUCCUCCAGGACCAGUUCCCCUCCCCAUCAUCGGAAAUUUAUGGCUGCUGGACUUCAAACUUCGCCGAGAAACUCUCAGUAAGUUAACCAACAUCUAUGGAAACAUCUACACACUGUGGAUGGGACAGACACCUCUGGUUGUCCUGAAUGGCUACAAAGCAGUAAAAGAUGGCAUCAUCACCCACUCAGAAGAAGUUUCUGGAAGACCUCUCACCCCUUUCUACAGGGAUAUGAUGGGCGAGAAAGGUAUUUUCCUGACAAAUGGCCACACCUGGAAGCAGCAGAGACGCUUUGGCAUGACAAUUAUAAGAAGUCUGGCACUUGGUAAGAACAAUUUGGAGCAUCAAAUUCAAACAGAGGCCUGUCACCUUGUGGAUAUCUUUGCAAAUACAAAAGGCAAACCUUUUGACCCCCACACUUCCAUCGUCUGUGCAAUUGCAAAUAUCAUUUGUGCUGUUGUUUUCGGUCAUUGCUUCUCCAGUGAGGAUGAAUCUUUCAGCAAACUCAUCAAAGCUAUUUAUUUUGUGAUCUACUUUCAAGGUACUAUCUGGGGCAGGCUGUACGAUGCUUUCCCAUGGCUCAUGCACCACCUCCCAGGGCCUCAUCAGGAGGUGUUUGCAUACAGCGACUUCAUGCACAGAUUAGUCAUAAAGGAGGUGCAGGCUCAUGAGAGACAGAACACAGGUGAUCCACGGGAUCUCAUUGACUUCUACCUGGCUCAAAUAUCAAAAACCAAGGAUGACCCUACUUCUACAUUCAAUAGAGAAAAUAUGGUUCAGACUGUGAUUGAUCUUUUGCUGGGAGGGACAGAAACAACAAGCACCACCCUUCUCUGGGCACUGCUCUACAUGGUCCAAUACCCAGAAAUACAAGAAAAGGUUCAAAGAGAGAUAGAGGCUGUUCUGGAACCCUCCCAUGUCAUCAGCUAUGCAGACCGUAAGAAGCUGCCCUACACAAACGCGGUGAUUCACGAGGCUCUGCGCUACAGCAACGUCACCUCUGUUGGGGUCCCUCGACUGUGUCUGAGGAGCACAACUCUGCUGGGUUUUCACAUUAAAAAGGGCACACUCGUGUUGCCAAAUCUGCACUCUGUGGUGUACGACACUGAGCACUGGGCAACCCCUUGGAAAUUCAACCCAGAUCAUUUCCUAGAUUUGGAUGGCAACUUUGUGAACAAAGAGGCAUUCUUACCCUUCUCAGCAGGGCACCGUGUAUGUUUGGGGGAACAGAUGGCACGAGUUGAACUGUUCAUCUUCUUUACCAACCUCCUUCGGGCAUUUACAUUCCAGCUCCCUGAGGGAGUGAAGGAAAUCAAUCUGGAGUACAUUUUGGGUGCAAUACUGCAGCCACAUCCAUAUAAACUCUGUGCUAUUCCACGCUAG